GGCGUGUGCUGGUGUGCAAACAACCACACUGUCACAAGGUUGCACUCAGAUCCUGUUAAAUCUAGUCUAAUGUUGGGUAGCAUGUAGGGCUAAGAAAAUAUGUAUGGAAGAGGACUACUCAUCAAGACUUUUCAUUGAAGGAAAACACUCAUCUAACGCAACACAAUGGCAGACAAAAUUAAAGAUGCCAAGAUCAUCUUCGUUGUGGGUGGGCCUGGCUCUGGAAAGGGCACCCAGUGCGAGAAGGUAGUUGCAAAGUAUGGCUACACCCACCUGUCAUCUGGUGAUCUGCUCCGAGCUGAGGUGGCUUCUGGCUCUGAGAGGGGCAAGCAGCUCAAGGCCAUCAUGGAGAAGGGAGAGCUUGUGCCCCUGGACACAGUCUUGGACAUGAUUAAGGAUGCCAUGAUUGCCAAGGCUGAUGUGUCUAAGGGCUUCCUUAUUGAUGGCUACCCCCGUGAGGUGAAGCAGGGUGAGGAGUUUGAGAAGAAGAUUGGCAAACCCUGCCUGCUGCUGUAUGUUGAUGCAAAAUCAGAGACCAUGGUCAAGAGGCUUUUGAAGCGCGGUGAGACCAGCGGCCGCUCUGAUGACAACGAAGAGACCAUCAAGAAGCGUCUGGACUUAUAUUACAAAGCAACCGAGCCAGUCAUCACAUUCUACGAGGGCCGUGGCAUUGUGAGGAAGGUUGACUCCGAACUGCCAGUGGAUGACGUCUUCAGCCAAGUUUGCAAGGCUAUUGAUGCACUGCAGUAAAACAACAUAACUGGA